AACGAGCUGUAUGUACUUAUGCAAGCUAGAUUUUUGUAAAAAAGUAAUCUCGCUAGAGCCACUCUUGUAGUUUUGAUGAAGCCUUAGAAUUCCAAUUCUUCGUUUUAUUUUCUAUUAUGAAUUACUAUAUGAUUGGAGUUUAAAUAAAGGUAUGAUUCUGGCAGAAAUCUCUAUUGAACUCUGAAAUCAAUAUGGUUUCUGAAACAGUUCAAGUGAGUUGUGUGACAAAUGGGGGGACUGAGAGCAACCAAGGGUUUAAAAGAAAACAUUUGGGAUCUGAUGAGCAUGCAGCAGCUUCUUGUCAUAAUGGCUCUGAUGCCAAAGGGGAUAUAGGAGCAUCUGAUCGAGAUUUGACUGCCAAUGUAUAUGAAGACACACAGCUUGACAAUGCUUCUAAAAAGGUGAGGCUGCCAAAAGAAUUGACUUUGCAGGAUAUGUUCAACAACCAUAAUGCAUUUGAUGAUGAUGAGGAGGAUGACAGUGACUGGGAGCCUGUACAAAAGCACAUAGAGAUUUUGAAGUGGUUUUGUACAAACUGCACUAUGGUCAAUCUUGAUGAUGUUUUCCACUGUGAUAUUUGUGGGGAACAUAAAGAAUCUGGCAUCCUCAAGCAUGGGUUUUAUGCAUCUCCUUUUUCACCAGAGGUAGAACUUAUUCAGGUUGAAUCAGAAGCCAGACCGAGAGGCAAAGAUUUUUGGUCAGAGGAUUCAGCUUCGAACUGUUCCACGGCAGUUGGGUUUGAUGAGAGAAUGUUGCUGCACUCGGAGAUUGAAAUGAAGUCACAUCCACAUCCAGAAAGACCAAAUCGUCUUCUAGCUAUUGCUGCUAGCCUUGCUGCUGCUGGUAUAUUUCCUGGAAAGUGCUGCCCAAUUCCUGCUAGAGAAAUCACUCCAGAGGAGCUUCAAAUGGUCCAUUCAUCGGAGCAUAUUGCAGCUGUUGACCUUACCGCCCAAAUGUUUUCUAGUUAUUUUACUCCUGACACAUAUGCAAAUAAGCAUUCAGCACAAGCUGCUAGACUUGCAGCUGGUUUAUGUGCUGAUCUUGCUUCAGUGAUAGUUUCUGGACACGUAAAAAAUGGGUUUGCUCUGGUUCGACCUCCUGGCCAUCAUGCUGGUGUUAGACAAGUGAUGGGAUUCUGCCUCCACAACAAUGCAGCAGUUGCUGCAUUAGCAGCACAGGCUGCAGGGGCAAAGAAGGUGCUAAUCGUUGAUUGGGAUGUUCAUCAUGGAAAUGGUACGCAAGAGAUAUUCGACCAAAAUAAAUCGGUAUUGUACAUAUCCCUACAUAGACAUGAAGGAGGAAAGUUCUAUCCUGGUACCGGGGCAGCUUUAGAGGUUGGUAGCAAGGGUGCAGAGGGAUAUUGUGUGAAUAUCCCAUGGAGUCGUGGCGGAGUUGGAGAUAAUGAUUAUGUUUUUGCAUUUCAACAUGUUGUGCUUCCUAUAGCUUCCAAGUUUGCUCCUGACUUUACUAUCAUAUCAGCUGGAUUUGAUGCUGCUCGUGGUGAUCCUUUAGGAUGCUGUGAUGUGACUCCUGCUGGUUAUGCACAGAUGACACACAUGUUGAGUACCCUCUCUGGUGGAAAGUUGCUUGUUAUACUCGAGGGCGGCUACAACCUCCGUUCAAUAUCAUCUUCUGCUACUUCGGUGAUUAAGGUACUUUUGGGUGAAAGUCAUGAGUGUGAACUAGAGAACUUGGUUCCUUCUAAAGCCGGCCUGCAUACUGUGCUGGAAGUCCUGAAGAUUCAGAUGAAUUACUGGCCGAAUCUAAGUUCAAGCUUUGAAGAACUGCAGUCUCAGUAUGGGAUGUAUUCUGUCGACAACAAAAGAAAACGAGUUAAAAAGAGACGGGUGUUGGAGCCGCCGAUAUGGUGGAGGUGGGGUAGAAAACGACUGCUGUACCAUAUCCUUACAGGAGGACAGUUUCAUCCAAAAUGAAAGCAUCCGAUCCCUCUUUUCCAUGGUGUAAUUGUGUCCAUUAUCAUCUCGGAUAUCAUAACAGAUGCUCUAAUUCUGUUUUAUUUAAUUUCAAUAUGAUCUUUGACGAGCG